AUGCUUCCCACACCAGAUACCUCUCACGUCCCCUACGAGCGUGUCUACGAGCCCGCCGAAGACUCGUUCCUCCUCCUCGACACCCUCUCCUCAUCCUCCGAGACGCAGUUCCUCCAUGACACAUUCUCAUCUUCUCCAGCUAUUCCAUUCGUCGUCGAGCUCGGCACAGGAUCCGGCGUCGUCCUCGCCUUCAUCACCGCCCACGCAAAGACCCUCUUCGGCACCUCCCACAUCCUCACUGCCGGCGUCGACAUGAACGCCUUCGCCUGCCGCGCAACAAUCACCACCGUAGCAAAAGCCCAAGCCGAUUCCCUCGCAGAAAGCAGUAACAAUGAAAUCACUCACGGACUGUAUCUGGGCUCCGUCAUGGGUGACCUUGCCGCCCCCUUGAGGAACCGCUCCGUCGACGUGCUCGUCUUCAACCCGCCAUACACGACGUUUGACGAUGAUUCGUAUUUGCUGGCGCUGUCGUAUGCCGGCGGGGCGGACGGCAUGGAGACGACGGAUAGGCUGAUUGACGGGUUACCUGAGAUUCUGUCCGAGAGAGGUUGUGCGUAUGUACUUCUUUGCGCGCAGAAUAAGCCUGAGGUUGUGAAGGAGAGGAUACGGGCUUGGGGGGACGGGUGGAGGGCGGAGACGGUUGGGUCGAGUGGGAAGACGGCUGGGUGGGAGAAGUUGCAGAUUGUGCGGAUAUGGCGAGAUUCGUCGCCGUGA